UCUCUUCCUUCCUUUCUUUUUUCUUUCUUCUUCCCUUCUUUUUCCUCCUUUCCUCCAUCCUUCCCUCUCUUCCUCCCUCCUUUCUUCCCUCCCUCUCUUCCUUCCUUUCAUUCUUCCUUUUUCUUCUCUUUCUUCCUUCUUCCCUUCUUUUUCCUCAUUUCCUCCAUCCUUCCCUCUCUUCCUUCCUUUCCUUUCUUUCAUUUUUCAUUCCUUUUUUCCCCUCUUCCUUCCUUCCCUUUUUUGUAAGGCCAGAUUUUCCCCAUUCUGCUGAUGUUGCUUCUCAAAUUCAGGACAUCUGAUUUCUAAGAGUAGGAGUGGGCGCUGACAGUGGGAAGGUGUGUGUCACAGGGACGGAGUCAGAAGGCAAUCAGGAAAGCCUCGGGAUUGAGUCUUGUAGGCUGGUCAGUGAGAGAGUACAUGCCAGGCAUGGGAGCACAGCCUGUGCAAAAGCAUGGAGGUGGGAAACGUUGAAUGGUCUGUAUAAGAGACCUGGACCAUAACAUGCAUAAAGAAGAGGAAUGUAAAGGUGGGAGGGGGCCAGACCAAGAAGGGUUUCAAAUGCCCACCAGGGGAACUUUCAUUGCUCCUAGAGGUAAUAGGGAGCCACUGGUGUUUCUGCAGCAGGGCAGGGACAGGGUCACAUGUUAUUGGACUAUUAUUUGAUAGCCAUGCUCUGGGGAGUGGGAGAAACUUGAGAUCAAUUAGGAAGUUAUUUUAAAAGUCCAAGAGGGAGAUGAUAAGGGCCCAAACUAGGGUAAUGACUAUGAAGGUAGAGAGGAGAGGAUAGAAAUAUUAGAGAAAUAAGAAAAUGAGGAAGAUGGAUAGACGUUGGAGGAAAAAGAUUUAAAUGACACUCUCUCUUCCCCAGCUCAUCCCUCCAUUUUAUCCACUAUUGGUUGCCAUAUUUGUUGUCAUGAGAGCCGCCUACCUCUUCCUGUUAUGUCUGCCUGCCGGGCUGCUGGCCCAGGGUCAGUAUGACAUUGACCCAGAUCACAUCCAGUAUACACAUUACGGGGACCAGAUUGACAAUCCCGAGUACUACGAUUACCAAGAGUCCACCCACCGCCCUCCAGAGGAGCAGCUGCAGUACCAGUCCCAGCAGCAGGUGCAGCAGGAAGUCAUCCCGGCCCCCACCCACGAAAACCCAGAAACAGAACCCACAGAGCCCGGACCUCUAGACUGCAGGGAGGAGCAGUACCCCUGCACCCGCCUCUACUCGGUCCACAGGCCCUGCAAACAGUGCCUCAAUGAGGUCUGCUUCUACAGCCUCCGCCGAAUGUACAUCAUCAACAAGGAAAUCUGCGUGCGAACCGUCUGCGCCCAUGAGGAGCUGCUCCGAGCCGACCUGUGCCGAGACAAGUUCUCCAAGUGUGGCGUAAUGGCGACGAGUGGCCUGUGCCAGUCUGUGGCUGCCUCCUGUGCCAGGAGCUGUGGGGGCUGCUAGUGGGCAGGGGGCACAGGGAGGGGGGCAGGGCCUGGAACCUCCAGGAGCACAAAUCCAGGCCAACGGGCUCAGGGGCUCAGGGCUGGCUUUGAUUCUUUUGUGGGGCUAAAAAAUUAACUGAUUCUUAAUUCUUUCCUUUGAGUGUGUGAACAGACAAGUACAGGGACUGGGUGGGGAAGGGGAUAUCCUGCCUCCUUCCUGUCCCCUGCCUCAUUUGCUCACCAGUCCCAGAUAUCAGCAAGGUCUGGAAGGGCCAAAAGAGGCCACAAAAUGGAUGGAGACAUGAUGUUCCAAUCCUGCCCCAGUAGCUGUGUAACCCUAGGCAAAUCCCAAUCUUUCUGUGCCUCAGUGUUUUCAUCUGUGAAAUGGGAGUUGGACCUGAUAGCUUAGGAGCCCCCUUCCAGCACUAAGCCUCUGAACCUGCCAGACUUAAAGACCCACAGCAAAACCCCCCUCCCGCCACGGCAGCGCAUUCCACUUGUGAAUGGCUCUCCUUCCACAACACUAAAAUCUGCCCAUGCACCUGCCCCCCAGUUUUGAGCUCUGGGGUAGAGCCAGGCAAGAUUACUUGCUUGGCCACUUGGCAGCCCUUCAGAUACUUGAAAAUCACUCAUGUCCCACCCCAGGCUCCCCCCUUCCUAUCUCCUGGCUGGACAUGCCCCCAGCUCCUUGUCAGUUUGGGCCCCCUGAUCCCCCAGGUGCCCCGCUUUGGCAUUGCAGCUGGAGCUAAGGAGGGGCUUGGGCAUGGAUGCCUGCUGCUCCCCCCGUCCCUCCCUCUGCCUGGUGCUCACUGGCACCCCACCUGUUUCCACCAAAGUAGGCCCUCGGGCAGGCCCCCCCUGCUCUAGGUUGGACGUACUGUAGUGGGGUGUCAGAUCAUAUCUAUUUUUUUUUUUUGUAUAAAAUAAAAGAAUUUUUCAAGAAAAAUAGUCACCCAAGUUUGGGAUCAGUAUGUUGAGGGAGGAGGAGAAGGGUGGAUCUGCCUUUUUCUCCUCUGGGGGGGCUGACAGAAGGGCGAGUGAGGAGAAAGCUGAACUCUCUAAGAAUAAAAAUAAUGAUUCUACGGGCAA